CGCGGAGCGGUGCGGUAGCGGCGGGGCCGGGGCUGGGUCCGGGAUCGGCGCCAGGGCCAGGGCCAGUUUUUCAGGAUGAAUCUGGAAAAACUCAGCAAGCCGGAACUCCUGACGCUGUUCAGCAUUCUUGAGGGAGAAUUAGAAGCAAGAGAUCUUGUCAUAGAAGCAUUAAAGGCCCAGCACAGAGACACCUUCCUUGAGGAACGCUAUGGGAAGUACAACAUCAGUGACCCAUUAAUGGCUUUGCAGAGAGAUUUUGAGACCCUGAAAGAGGUCAACCAUGGUGAAAAGCAGCCAGUGUGCUCCAAUCCCUUAUCUAUUUUGAAAGUGGUGAUGAAACAUUGCAAGAAUAUGCAGGAAAGAAUGUUAUCCCAGCUAGCUGCUGCAGAAAGCAGGCACAGAAAGGUGAUCCUGGACCUGGAGGAGGAAAGGCAACGUCAUGCCCAGGACACAGCAGAGGGGGACGAUGUCACCUACAUGCUGGAGAAGGAGAGGGAGAGGCUGACCCAGCAGUUGGAGUUUGAAAAAUCCCAAGUAAAGAAGUUUGAAAAAGAACAGAAGAAGCUGUCGAGCCAGCUGGAGGAGGAAAGGGCACGGCACAAGCAACUCUCUUCCAUGCUUGUGGUGGAGUGUAAGAAAGCCACUGCCAAAGCAGCUGAGGAGGGGCAGAAGACAGCAGAACUGAGCUUGAAAUUGGAAAAAGAGAAGAGUAAGGUGAGUAAACUGGAAGAGGAGUUGGCAUCCAAAAGGAAGAGGGGCUUACAGAUGGAAGCACAAGUAGAAAAGCAGCUCUCAGAGUUUGACAUCGAAAGAGAACAGCUGAAAGCCAAGCUGAACAGAGAAGAAAACCGUACAAAAGCACUCAAAGAAGAGGUGGAAUGUCUGAAGAAAGCCCUGAAAGAGCUGGAAGCUCCUACUGAACCUUUGCAGCCCAACCCCUCGGUGAUGUCCAGGGGCGUUACCACUGAGAGCCCCCUGGUCAAGUCUGUGUCUUGCCAGACUGAGUGUCUGCAGGCAGACCGAGCAGGUCCCACCAGCACAAGCAAAGCUGUCCCCAGCCCUGCCACACCUCCUCAUGCCUAUGCAAAAUCCAAUGGUCACUGUGACACAGAUGGGCAGGUGGGCAGCGAGCCCCCAGCAGAGCACCAAGCCCAGAAGGAGAAAUCUGCUGGUGCAGCCCCAGAAAACACAGUAGAGAAUGGAAGUUCUCCUGUCAGAACAGAGUCCCCCGUGCAUCUGAUGUCCCAGCUCCCUCCCAGUGGGGUCUCCCUGUCCCCCAGCAGCACAGCUGCCUCCUCUCUGACACCUUCUCCCUGCUCCUCACCCGUUCUGAGCAGACGCCUGGCAGGAGCCCCAGCCAGCAGCCCUGGUUACCAAUCCUCCUACCAGGUGGGCAUCAACCAACGUUUCCAUGCAGCUCGGCACAAGUUCCAGUCUCAAGCUGAACAGGACCAUCAGUCGAGUGGUCUGCAGAGCCCACCCUCCCGGGAUCUGUCUCCCACUCUGGCAGACAACUCUGCUGCCAAGCAGCUGGCCCGAAACACGGUCACACAGGUCCUGUCCAGGUUCACCAGCCAGCAGGGACCCAUUAAGCCUGUCUCCCCUAACAGCUCACCUUUUGGCACAGACUAUCGAAAUCUGGCAACUGCUGUGAGCCCCAAAAACGAGUCUGGUCACUCCCCAGGCCCUGGUAAGGUUUCCAGUCCCAUCAGCCCAUUGUCUCCUGGAAUUAAGUCACCAACCAUUCCUAGAGCAGAACGAGGGAACCCUCCACCCAUUCCUCCAAAGAAACCUGGCCUGGCACAGUCCCCUGCUGCCUCUGCCCCACUCACCAAAACCUCUUCCCCAGCACCCUCCCUGGGUGCCCCCCUGGACGUGGCAAGCAGCUGCUCCCCCAGCACCCUGGUGUCCAAUGGCAAAGACCUGGAGAUCCUCCUGCCCUCCAGCAGCUAGUGUCCAGGGAAUGGGGAUGUGACAUUCCACGGCUUAGCACCUGCAGCUAAGACACUGUUUUUCCACUCCAUGUUAUUUAUUUCCAUAGUAGCAGAUUCUGUCUGUAUAAAGCAUUUAGUAUAUUUUUUUUUUUUCCUUUUUUGAUAGGUAGGGAAAUAUUUUUGUUUAUGGAGAAACCUUAACUACAGCUAUACAGCAGCCUCAAAAUGUCUCGUGGCAUCAGUCAAAUGGUUAGAGAUAACAAGAACCAUAAUCAUGUGGUGGGACCUAACUCUAAAUCUCUAAUGGGACUGAAAUGCUACUUUUAAAUUAUGCAGAAAUAACUUUUGCAGACUUUUUACUCCAGAUGAACAUUUUACUAAAAGUGCCUGAACUAAGCCUGAACUGCAGUAUGAAUGUGAUUCUCUGAGAAGGGUGAGGAGGGGACCAUCUAGCUGCAGAAACAAACUCUUCUCUGAGUCCUGAAUGUUGAAACCAACACUGGUUUUCUUGCUGAUUAUUCCCAUUUGCUACAGUACCUUAGCAAAUGUGCCACAGAUUCUCUGAGGUGAGCACCAGACUGAUGCAGCCAGGUUCUCCUUGUCCCUCAGGACAUGGUCCUGGCUGUUUGAGGAAGCACACACCAGUCUCUGGGUGUAAAUUUUAGCUGCAAUACAGUCCAGAUGACUUUUCUUUCUGUGUAGCUCUUUCUGCUCAUCCUGCAGAGAUGUCUGUGUGCUUUAAAUGGUUCAUCUCUGGUUUCUGGUGUGGCACCUUGAAUUUUCAAGCUCUUCAAGCAGUCUACUGUUGUGUGUAGAACUUCUGAGAAAAAGAUCUUGCUAUUACUUGACAAAGAUCUCGCUAUUACUUGAAAAAAAAAUCUCUAGUCCAUAUGAUACAGGUUGUUUUUUUUGCUAGAGUAACAUGGAAUCUUCUACUACAAACAAAAGCAAUAAUUUUGUUUCUAAUCUGUAUGGGUUGCCUCUGGCUGACCUGGGUUUUACUCACAGUUAGCUAUGGGAACUUGUUGGCUUUCCUUGGCUACCAAUAAGGAACCAAAUCACAAAUCAUGUGUGAUUGAUUAGGAGUAUAUGUGUGAGGAGUUUCACAUGUAUGUAUGCUAAAUACACAAUGUGUUAAGAAAAUCUCUGUUCUGCCUAAUAUGAAGAAAAUGUAGGAAUUCAUGGAGAUUAAAAAAAAAAUCACUUAGUGAGGAGUUGCCUAAGUUUGAGGCAAGUAAUGUGUGUGAAAAACAAGUUUGGCCCAAGAAGGGAGAAGCAUCUGAUUGCUGCUUCAUCUUGGGUGCUGGAUGUGAGCUGAUCCUGAGCUGGGAAAUAGCACUUUCUGCUCAUCAACAGCAUCACAGUGACACCCAGCAGGGCUUCCCACUGCCACAGACUUUCUCUGUUUCCCAUUUUUCAAUAUUUAAUUAGACAAAACACACCCACCUUUGCUGUAGGAAAGAUCCCCAGGGAGCUGGGAGGAUGCACUACUGUCCCUGACCCCAGAGCCCUCGUGCUGCUUGGACGUGGCUGUUGUGCCCCUGUUCUUCCUUCCCACAGCCAGGGCAGCUCCAGAACCUUUGUACAGACCAGAACCAGGGCUUUGUACAGACCAGAACCAGGGCUUUGUACAGACCAUUUGGUAGCCUGGUAACUUGUGGUGUGCUGGGCUGCUGUUGCCACCCUAUGGGACAGGCUGUGUGCUGCCAGCAGGGAGCCAGAGGCAGCCUAGAGAUGAGUGGGCAGUGACUCCUUUAGAAGCACAUCUGUGACUUUUUUAAGUAUCCACAGCAGAUAUUUUUCCUCUUGAUGAGAGUAAUUGUAGAAACGGAUGGGCAGAUGGAUUUUGGCCCAUGUAUCACUUCUGAUUCAAAAGUGAGGCUUUUGUAUACACUGCUUUAAUGUGUUUCUUUGCUUUUACAUUAAUCUAAAUGGUAUUAUCCCCUUUCUUUAUCAAUAGCUCUAGAGAGAGAGAGAUACUAUGAUGAAGUCUAUUAGGAAAUGCACUGAGUACUGUUUCUUCUAAAAUAUAAUAUGGGAAAGGGUAUGCAAAAGAAUGUAUUUUUGCUAGUAGCCUAUCUUCUGAGAGAGAGACUAAGCACAAGAUAUUAAAAUGGAUCCAACUAAUCCAGUAAGACAUUUAGAGUUAGUAUUUAACUGUUGAUGUAGAUUCUGUGUGGAAGCAACUAAAUAUUUCUUCUAUAACUCACAUCUGUUAGAAGCAGACGUUGUUGCAGAGUUUGUCACUGGCUAAUGGAGUAUAAUGAAGUGCAGAGUAUAUACACUAGUAUUAAUUCGUUAACACUUGUAAAUUUGUAAAGCCAAAUGUACCAAGCUGAAGUCUUUAAUCAUUUUUAUAGCUGAUGGCAUUAAACGUGUUAAACAUUCAUAUUAUCAAUAAAGGAUUUUAUUUUUAAGAUGUG